AGCGAGGAGGACAUGAAGCGAGGAGGAGGAGAAGCGAGGAGGAGAUGAAGCGAGGAGGAGAUGAAGCGAGGAGGAGAUGAAGCGAGGAGGAGGCAAGAACGCUCAGGACAGGGCUCAGGAGACGCUUUGCUUGGUGAACUUGAGAUUAGAAGGAAGAUAACGAGUCGUAAAGCAUGUAAAGCGAAGGUUGUGAAAUCGCAGAGAGGCAGACGAGAGAGAGAGCGCAACUAACGGACAGAUGUGUGGGAUUAUGGCAUGACAGGCUGCCCAGGGCCGCAUGGAAAAGAGGCAGCUUCAUCUCAGCCUAGUGUGAUGCAUCAGCAUAGAAUGUUUCAGGAUCUAUGAUAGUGACCGAUGAUCGUCAAUUUGUUCUCCAAGAAAGCUAAGAGGCCCAAGAGCGGCUCGUCUGCUGGACGCUCAAGCUCAGGAAAGCGAGAGGAGGAGAGGUCAGGGCCCUCAUUGCACGCAUGGCUGCAUGAGCGCAGAGGCGUCGCUCUCCGCCCCUCCUCAGCCAGGCCUGCAAACACUGCCGGCCUUGACGAGCUGCCGUCCCUCCAGCCCAGUCACGGGCCCCGACAAGUUUCGAGCGUGACGAGCCGAGGAGAAGAUUGGCGGCCGCAGAGCGCAA